UUUCUUGCUUGUAAAGAUGAAGCGGGAUCAAUGUAACGACAGAACGUUUCUCUAUAAAUGAACAUUAUGUUUACGGCAUACAGCAUGAUAGUGUUUUAAAGUACAGCAUGACAACAAGCAGUGUUGAUCCGCCGGUUAAUAUCUACAAUUCUACAAGAAAAGAUCUGCAUCCAGACAAACCGAACAACUAAAAUCAGUAAUGAUGGAGUUUGUGAAAGAGGAGAGUGAGAUCAUGAGUGAUCCAGAAGUCUGCAGAAUUAAACAUGAAGAUACUGAGGAACUAAUAGACAUGAUGGAAGUGAAGGAGGAAAGUCAAGAGCUGGAAAUACUUUCACAGACUGAAAACAAGUUCACACAGAAAAAUACUGACAGAGCAGAAGACAAGAAGUCUUUCACAUGCAGUCAGUGUGGAAAGAGUUUGACACGUAAAGUACACCUUAAAGAACACGAGAGUUCAUACUGGAGAGAAACCGCACUCAUGUGAUCAGUGUGGAAAGAGUUUCAGAUGUAAAAAACACCUUAAGGAACACAUGAAAAUCCACACCGGAGAGAAACCGCACUCCUGUAAUCAGUGUGGAAAGAGUUACACACGUAAAGGAUACCUUAAAGAACACAUGAGUAUCCACACUGGAGAGAAAUCGCACUCCUGUAAUCAGUGUGGAAAGAGUUACACACGUAAAGGAUACCUUAAAGAACACGUGAGAAUCCAUACAGGAGAGAAACCGCACUCAUGUGAUCAGUGUGGAAUGAGUUUUACAUUAAAAAGGCUUUGCGACAGGCACAUAAGAAUUCAUACAGGAGAGAAACCGUACACAUGCCAUCUGUGUGGAAAUAGUUUCUCACGUCACGAAAACCUUAAGCUUCAUAUGAAAUUCCACACUGGAGAGAAGCUGCCCACAUGUGAUCAGUGUGGAAAUUGUUUCACGAGUAAAAGAGAUUUUGAAGUCCACAUGAGGAUCCACACUGGAGAGAAACCGCACAUUUGUAAUCAGUGUGGAAAGUGUUUCACUUAUGCAAGCAGUCUCAGUGACCAUCUACGCUAUCACUCUGGAGAAAGGCCAUUUAACUGUGAUGAAUGCGGUAAAAGGUUUAUUGUGCGAAAAGACCUGAAGAAGCACCUGAAAGUUCAUGCAAAGGAGAAGCCAUAUGUGUGUUCUGAUUGUGGAAAGAGUUUUGCAAGGUUGGAUGGUUUAAAACAGCACCAGAAAACACACCGGUGAGAAGAAUUUUAUGUGUUUUGAUUGUGUUAAGACUUUUACUAGAGUCAGCCAUUUGAUAGAGCACCAGAGGAUUCACACUGGAGAAAAACCUUACAAGUGUUCACACUGUGACAAGAGAUUCACUCUGUCCUCUCACCUGAAAAGACAUGAGAAGAUCCACACUGGAGAGAAGCCUGCCUUCCAUGUGGGAAGAGUUUCAACCAAUCAAGUCAUCUAACUAGUGUUUUGCUGUGAAAUGGCCCUAGUUUUUAGAGAUAAUUGAAUUGUAUUUAUUGUCGCUGUUGAAUGUCAAACCUCUGAGAUCAUCAAGAGAUGGAAUGAGUUUUGUUGUUAGAAGCUUUUAUAGUGUGGAUGAAAAUAUGUCUAUGAAAAUCAGGUUCCCUUACGACUCCGUCCACUUGACAUGAUAUGGGAGUGCCUUCAUACACGACCUAUUUGAAACCUCUCUACAAUAACGGCAAUAUUCUAAUAUUGGUUAUGGUGUUUGAGCCCCGCCUGUUUUGGCGUGAAACUGACCGCUAUAAAAACAGGUGCACAGACACCAUUUCCUCAGAAUUUCUUCCUUCAAGACAGCAAUCAUCUCUUGUCUUGAAGCCAUCUACCCUUCACCGUGGAUACACACGAGUCAGUGGACCGAAUAUUAACGGCAGUGAGAAGACUCUCUGCUCCGGGAAACAUUAGUCCACCUCGCCGCUUGACGCUUCGCUGGUGAAUGGACCUCAGCAUCCUGAUUCUCCACAGUGCGUCGGCAGGUGUAGAGUAUCCUUUAAAAAGCAAUUCUAUUUGUGUGAUAUAAGUGUUCCUUGUGUGAGAGACCCAUCCUGCCGUCAGACAAGCAUGAAAGCUGAGUUUUCUGUGUGCGCUUGUGACACCAUCCUCUUUAAUGUGGAUCACGGGAAAGAAAACGGUUAUGCCCAAUUAUCCCCUGUGGAGGAGGCGGUAACGGCACACCUCUGCCCAGCGAGUAACAUGUACAUCCUUACGUGUUGACAAAUGUCCGCACUGGCAGGACAAGCUUGCUCAGCAGCAGAACAAGCUGGAUAAGCACUCCACGCAAUGGCGGUGCUCCAGGGCAGAAAUGAGUGAUAAGGAAAAAGCCACUCUUUUGGAUGCUCCAAUGUUAUCCAGCCAGCCUUUUUGGUGGCCAAGGGUCCUGCCCUUCGGACUGUCUUUGGCUCCUCGCACAUUCACAAAGCACAUCAGUGCAGUUCUCGCCCCUCUGAGACUGAGCGGCAUGCGCAUCUUGAACUACCUCACCAAUUGGCUGUUACUACUGCAUUCAGAGGCUUUAUGUCAGCACAGACUUACUGCUUCAGCUAUUCUACAGUGCCCAUCUCAGUUCAAACUAGGGAGAACAUUUCCACUGAAACUUGUUUCAGAAAGCAUUGUGAUUUGUGGCAUUGUAUUUGUCUUUAACAAAGGCCACUAAUAUUACACUAGUAUUUAUUUAUUCAUUCAUGUAAUGUAAUGUGUUGAGUAGAGUGUGAUGCUGAUUCCACAUGACAUUACGAGAAAUAAAUAUUGC